UACGUACUGAAAAAGAAAAAGUAUGGCGUCGGUUUCAGAACCUUUGACUCUUGAAAGAGAUGUGAACAGAGCUGUUGAAUUGUUGGACAUGCUGCAGAGAACAGCCUGUUCUGGUGAUAUUUCAGGUGGGGAGUUUCCAUCCCAGAAACUACAAGCUCUUCAACGCAUUCUGCAGAGUGACUUUCUGACGGCUGUCAGGGAGGUGUAUGAAAAUGUGUACGAGACAGUCGACUUGUCCGGCAGUGCAGAGAUCAGGGCUAAUGCAACAGCCAAGGCAACAGUUGCUGCAUUUGCAGCUAGUGAAGGCCACGCCCAUCCUAGAGUUGUUGAACUUAUGAAGACCGAGGAAGGCCUAGGUUUUAAUGUGAUGGGUGGCAAAGAACAAAACUCUCCGAUCUACAUCUCUCGUAUUAUUCCCAAUGGAGUGGCAGACAAACAUAAGGGGUUAAAGCGUGGAGACCAGCUUCUGUCCGUCAAUGGAGUUAGUGUGGAAGGUGAACACCAUGAAAAAGCUGUGGAACUGCUGAAGAAUGCAUCUAGUGUUGUUCGUCUUGUUGUGCGAUAUACGCCGCAAGUCCUAGAAAACAUGGAGGCUCGAUUUGACAAGCAGCGGGCUGCUCGGAGACAAAUGCCAUGAUCAUGUGACUUCCAUCUUCAUGACUGCAUCACUGCAACAUCGAAGUCAUUCAAACACCUUUUCCAUAAUCAAACUUGAUUAUUAACUCGUGUACAUGUAUGCUGUAUAUAUCUUGUACAAGUAACCUGUAGGUUGUUUUAGCUUCUUGUUCUUAAAGUUAGUAUUACCUCUGAAAGAAGAACUUAGAUUUUGUAUGUUAUUUAAGAGUAAAACUUAUUUUCUUUGACAGAAAUUAAGAAGUUUACGGAAUAGUAUUGACAGUGUAUCUGCUACAUUGUCUGCAUUUAUUACUGGUUUAGAUCAUAUUUUUAUGAAAUGUGUGGUUAAUAGAUAGCUUUUUAAUGUUUUGAAAUAUGCUAAAACAUUAGACAUGAAUUAUUCAUUAAUUUGCAUUACACAUGAAUCAUAAAAUUAAAUUGAUGAUUUAUGAAGAUAGAGAGUAGCUUAAUACAUGACUAAAUAGCGUAUCUUUAAAAUAAAUUAAAAAUCAUGGAGUUUUUGCCUUUUAAAAAAAUUUCAUAUUAUAUUUUUAUUCAGAUUAAUAUUUAGGUUACAAUCUCUCAUUUGCUCAGUACCUAUUUGUACAAAAGUAAAAUGCAAAUGAUGCUUUAUUUUCAUUACUACUUUAGUGGAUCUUUAUAAUAUUUGUAUUCAUAGAACACUGCCAGUCUUUUGUAUCAAAACAAUAAAUGGAAUUAUCUUUAGUGAAAAUUAAUAUAGCAUUUUUGCAUGUAGUUUAUGUCUGAAUUAAUUCAGUGUUCUCAUUUUCAUGGUGUAGGUAUUAGUUUUACAUGUCUAUCUCUAUACUAGAUUAUGCAAAUAAAUAAAAAUAAAGUAGUUUAACCAUACAUCAACUAGGUAUCAAGCACUUUUGAUAUUGUAACCCUUUUCAUUAUUGAUACAUUCCAAAUAUAUGUACAUAAUUUAGAACACUGGUGUACCUUUGUUUAGUUUGCAAUCAAAAUAAAUGUGUGUAGCACAAAUUAUAAUUAUAUAUAAAGCAUUUUAGUGCUUUCUUUAUGUAGGCCUGAUCUUUGUUGUCAGUUAAUUAAUGAAUGAAAAUAUUGACAUUUGACAUUUUCAUUUUAUAAAUAAUUUAUAAUUGUCUUUGUCUUUCGUAUCACUUAGGUUUAUACCUUUUCAUUUUGUCCAUACUUGAAAAAACACUCUGGAACCUUUUUAAUAUUCAUAUUUUCAUAAAAGAGCAUUUAAUCUGAAGAGGUUUGUUUACAGCAGAUACUGAAAAUAAAUGCACUGCAAAAUCUUUAAAAAGUCAUGGAUUUUUAUUGCAGUCCUAUAGUACAUAUUCUUAGCAUUGUUGCUUUGUAUGAUGAAUAAUAGGUUUAGCAUCAUAGACUUAUGAAGGAACAUUAUUAGUUUUGUUUAUGCAAACAUUUAGAAGUAAUUUUGUAUCAUUUUUAUACUGGAAAUAUGUUUAAACAUUUUGACAGUGUUACAGACCCACCAAACCACCUGAAGUUGGGUUAAUUGGGGAUACUGUGUGUUGGGGUCCUAUUUUGUUGGCCAUUUCCAAGCAAUAUGUACAUACAUGUAUUUAUCAUCUAUCCUUCAGUCAUCUUUUGAAUUGACAGAAUAUGGUACCCAGACAAAGUAAAGUUUUAUCUUGCUGUUAGAUAUAUCAAUUGUCAAGUGGCAUAAGCCAAACACAACUUGUUUACAAAGGACUAGACUUGUUUACUAAGGACUAGAUUUUUAAAUGUAUAAUGUACAGUAUUUAUGGAUAUAUUUUCUGUUAUGGUAUUUAAAAUAUAAAUACUUAUUUGGAAAUUAAAGUUUGAGAUAUUUUAUUUUACAUAAAAUCUAACCAAGAAUUUUCACUUGCCAUGGAUGACAUCAUAUUGCAAAACACUUGCUUUUUUUCUCUUUUUUUUAAUAAAUACAAUUUUAAAAUAUUUAUUGUUGGAUAGAAGGUUAAAAGCAAUAACUGACUAGUGUCUGUGUAUGGUUUUUAUCAUAUAGUAUGUUGACUUCUUAAUGUUAUGAAUCUGUUAGUGGUAGUCUGUGAUUAGAAAACAAUAAUGGAUCCUGUAUGUAUUUCUCAAGUUUUCAUGUGUAAAAUAAGAUGUAACCAUAUUUCUUCAGUAACAAUAGUUAUACUUUGGAAUAAAUAUAUUUAACAAAUGA